UUCUCACUGAAAAAAAAAGUAGAAAACAAAGGAGUUUUAUAUUAACUGAUGUAAUAACGGUUGUAAUUGUCAUUCCAUUCUUUAUCGAUACUUAUAUAAUAUCAUAAUCGACCUCAGUAAUGAAUAUCGGAUCUUAAGUUUAUUAUCGAUAAUCAUCAUAAUUAUUGACAAUAAAAUUUGCAACACGAAUCGGAAAGUGGUCUAGUCCAUUGUUUUUUUUUUUCAACGUAAACUGAAAGGAGGUUGAAAAAAAUGGAAACCAACAUGCCUCCAAUAUCAGCUAUCGUUUUUCCGAUAAUUGCUAUCUUGGCUAUCUCUGCAAAAAGUACGUUGGCUUGUGGCAUGAACGAACAACUUGGCAAUUGUGGAAGAAUCUGUGAGGGAACUUGCAACAAACCAGAUUUGUCAAGAUGUGCAGCAACAACGUGCUCUGGUAAUGGCUGUCAGUGUAAAGAAGGGUAUUUGCGAAACGAAGAAACUGAUUCUUGUAUUCCACCAUCAAUGUGUCCACCAAAAACCUGUAAAGGCAAUGAAAUUCUUGGCACAUGCGGAACAAGAUGUGAAGGCACGUGCGAAUAUCCCUACACCCCAGAAAUGUGCUCAAUCAUUACUUGUGCUGAUGAGGAUUGUAGAUGUGAUCUUGACUCAGGGUUCGUUCGGGACACAAAUACCGGCAGAUGCAUUGCUAUGCGGGAUUGCCCGAGAUAAAUCUCGGUGAAUUUUCAACGACACUUGUUUCCACAAAUCUUUUUAAUGGAUUUCAUCAACGAGACUACUAUUGACGUUUUCCUAACAAUGUUAUUUCGGCUUACUAAAAAAUUAUUACAUAAAUAAAGAUGCAUUGUAAAAAAUA